AUGGAAAAGGAAAAGCAAGGAAAAGAUCAAAAAGUUGAGGUUGAAAGGUCGGGAUUUUGUUUAACUCUUGCAUCUGACUCUAACAAAGAUAAUCAGUUCCAGGCAAUGGAUUGUAAUAGCUUGAGAAAGGCAAAAGCACAGAUUCACUUCAUCUCAUCACGAACAUGCAUAUUUAAUAUACCCAAUUUUCUACUCUUACGUGACAACAGGCAGAGAAUGAAAGUUCAAGUCGUCUCAUGA